UUGAUCAUAAGUUAAAAAUUUGUUCCAUACAUUUCACUCGAGUCGAUUUAACCUAAAUCCAUCGGCUACGGUAUUGUCAGUUUAGCAUGGCUUGCCAAGAGAAUUACAACAUCCGGGCGUUGUACUGUCAGAGCGUUGAAGAACUUUCUGAACCGAUCGAAACGAAGAUUACAGGCAAUAUUCCGAAAUGGAUCAAAGGCACACUACUUCGAAAUGGUCCUGGAAAAUUUGAGAUUGGAAGCAGCUCUUAUCGUCAUAUUUUCGACGGCUUAGCUUUGUUACAACAGUUUGUGAUUGACAAUGGAAAUGUUACCUAUUUCAAUAAAUUUCUACGCAGUCAAACAUACAAGAAGAACAUGAAAUGCGGAACAAUCGUCGAGUCAGAAUUCGGAACUCUCGGUGUUCCUGAUCCUUGCAAGAACAUCUUUGCCCGAUGGUUUUCCUAUUUCUUUCGUGGAGGAGAAUCCAGCGACAACGCCACCGUUAAUUUUUCCUGUAUCAAAGGAAAGAUUUAUGCAACAACAGAAGGCCCGGUUAUCACAGAAAUUGAUCCCAGUAAUCUUGAAUGUCUUGACAGAGUAAAUCUAUCUGAUGCUUUUCAAGGGGCGAUUAAAAAAUAUGUGCUCGCGACUGCUCAUCCGUAUGAAGAUGAUGACGGUUCUGUCUAUAACCUGGGAGUUGGUUAUGACAAAGAGAAAGGCCUCGCGCACCUGAUUACAUUAUUACCAGCAAGUACUGAAGAUACGAAGAGCGAGCAAUCCCCGAAGGAAGGAAAAAUAGUCGCGAAAAUACCAGCAUCAUUUCAGUACUCGUACAGCCACAGUUUUGGUAUGACUCAGAAAUACUUCAUCGUCAUUCAACAACCUAUGACUGUGAAUGUGUGGAAGAUUGCAGUCUCACGUUUUGUCGGUUGGAACAUCGCCGAUGCUUUUUCGUGGAAUGAUCAGAUGGGAGUAGAAUUCGUGGUAAUAUCUCGUGAGAGUGGCGAAGUUGUCCUCACCAUAAAGUCGGAGCCGUUUUUCUUCUUCCAUACCGUAAAUGCGUAUGAUGAUGGUAACGAGAUUGUUUUUGAUGUUUGUUGUUACUCCGAUGCUGAUUUCUUUCAUACUUUUUAUCUGCAAGAAGUUCGAGAAAGUGUCUCCUCAAAAAAGGGUUCCAUGGCUCAGUUACGGAGAUAUCGCUUGCCCAUUGAUUUAGAAGCAUCGGAGGCUACACUGCAGAAAAAGCCAUCAGGAUUAGAUUACGAGGUCUUAUCUGACAUUUGUCUUGAGUUACCACGCAUUAACGAAAAGUACACCAGAUUAUGUCAUCGCUAUGUAUACGGUGCAUGCACUGGAGACGACUACACGGAUAAUAUAAUAAUACACAAGCUUGUUAAAGUUGAUGUUGAAACCAAAGAAAGUCGGGUUUGGAGUGAAGACCAAUGUCUGGUAUCAGAGCCCGUGUUUAUUCCAGCCCCAGAUGGUCAAGAAGAAGAUGAUGGUGUGGUGAUGUCUUCCGUUUAUGAUCCUGUCAAAGAUAAUUCAUUCUUGUUAGUUCUUGAUGCCCGUUCGUUUACGGAGCUCGCCAGAGCAGUGGUACCGUUACGAUUUGCACCUUCCUUUCACGGACGAUAUUUUUCGUGAACAGUUGACUUGUACGUUACGGGUAUUACCAAUAGUAAAGGCAAUACCUCUAAGAUUUAAAAAGAUAGCUUCCUAUAUAAAGGAUUGUAGUUAGAAAAGACUGUUUUUGUUCUUUGUUUUUCUAUUCAGCAUAAAAUAAUAGUAUACUGCAGGCAUGCAUAAGUUGAAUUUAAAGCCUGUUUACGUGGAGCUUGUUAUGCCGGCUAGGCGAGGUAUAAAGCACAUCACAUAAUCGAUCUUUGUCCGGUGUGGAAUAAUUAUAAUUUGGUGGGUAAUCAUGCAGGUGUUGACGAAGAAAAAUGACAUAAUUUUUGUAAAUUAAAUGAAUUUUCUGAAUAAUUCUUGAAACCCUGUUGAUCAUAAUAAUGGUAAUGCAGUAUAUCACUGCAUGAUCAUGCAACAGGGCCGUAGCGCUAGACUGCUUAAUUAUAGGAGGGGGUGUGUGUGUGUAGGUUUCAUUGAUCUGAGAUCAGUGGUAUGUUUACAUAUCAUAGGAACAGUAGCGUACAAAAGAAAUCGAUCGGAAGAAGGGCCAUUGGCUCUCCUCCAAUUGGCUACGGCCCUGAUUGAUCAAUACCACCACAGUGACAAAACUAAUAUACUAUAACACCGCGGAAAACGUCUGUGCGUGCAUGCGUCAAACAUGCGUAAAUAUUGUUUUAAGAUUAAUAUUGAAUAAAAGUGUAAUUUCAUAAAAUAAUCAGUAUAUUAGAACUCAGAUUAGAGCUGUGAACAAUUAGAAAUAAAUUCAGAUGAUAAAUAUCGAUAUAUAGAAAUACCAGUAUUGGGUAAUCAAGGAAAUAUCAAGGAAAUUAAACUUUGUUUCAAGGAAAUUUAAGGAUAUUACUAGAAAUACAUGCACGCGCCAUGCAACAACCCCUCGGCUCGCCAUUUCAAACGAAGCAAAAUAUUUCUUGAGCUAGCCAGACCUAACCAUCAAUAUUUUGAAA